AGGCCAACAACAUAUGAAACAAAUUGUUAAACAUAGGGGAAUCAGCUUUUAACCUUAAACUUUGAACCCAACUAUCUCAAAAGCAUGAAAGAUGUCCGAAAGGAAUAUGAAAAAAGCACCAUCUAUCAUCAUUACUCUAUAAAACAAUGUUUUAAAAAAAAAAAAAGCUUUAUAUUCCUUUCUUCCUUUUGCUUUUCUCAAUAAUUUUCGAAUUAUAUGAUUUUUACAACUUUAUUCUUUUACACGUAUAAACACAGACAACACACAAAUCUUCUUUCUCUCUUUCUCUGCAAAUUUACCGAUGAAGGAGUUCGAUUAUGACAAGCUUUUCACUGUCACAGAUCGAUUCUCUCAUUCAAAACUCAUCGGUAAAGGAAGCCAUGGCUAUGUUUAUAAAGCCCUUCUUCAUCACCAUAACCACGACGACAAACAUCAAAGAGUCGUAGCCAUUAAAGCACCAUCAUCAUUAUCAUUAUCUCUCUCAUCAUCAUCAUCCAAAUCAGAACAAACGAAGAAACUAGAAAACGAGAUCAAUGUUAUGUCAUCGUUACCAUAUCACCCACACGUUUUGAGCUUUUUAGGUCACGCCGAGAAAAAACUCAUGGUCGUUGAGUUCAUGCCAAACGGAUCGUUACACCAGUUAUUACACGUGUCAGCUGAUCCUCUUCCCACUUGGCUUAAACGCAUUGAAAUCGCUCUUCAGAUCGCGAGUGCGGUUCACUUCCUCCAUGAACAAGGUAUCAUCCACCGUGAUAUCAAAUCGGAAAACGUUUUGUUUGAUUCGAAUUGGGAAGCGAAGCUUGCUGACUUCGGACUCGCCGUUGAUUUGGGAGGUGGGAAGACGAGACCAGCGCCGGCGGGAACUAUCGGAUACUUAGAUCCGUGUUACACGUUACCGGAGAAUCUGAGUAUGAAGACUGAUGUUUAUAGUUACGGUGUUGUUUUGUUGGAGAUUGUUAGCUGUAGGAAAGCUAUCGACGUCUCUCGUUCGCCGUCUUCGAUAGUGGACUGGGCGGUUCCGUUGAUUAAAGAAGGGAGGAUCGGAGAAAUCUGCGGCGGAGGAGGAGGAGGAUCGGCUGUUUUCCGGGGAAUGAAUUUACGUUUGUUACGUAUGGCGGCGAGAUGCGUUUCCUCCGACGUGGAAUCACGUCCGUGUUUCGGGGAGAUCACGACGGAGAUAGUGGCGUGUUUGGCGGAACCGUUGAAGAGUUUGCCGUUAUGGAUUAGCGUUUUGCGUCGGGUUGUUAAACUGAAACGGCGGAAAAAACGGUUGAGAGAAACGCUGACGUGGCCGGGUCAAACUUGCCGCGUUUGGUGAGAGUUAAUGAAGCCGGGUCAAAUGUCGAAUCGGGUCGGGUUGGAAAGGAUGGUUACAAAAAACAAACAACCAAAUCCAAGCAGAAGAACACUCGCGAAAAAGAAUGAUAUAGCAUUUAAUUUUGUUAUCCCUUCGGAUAAUGUAACCAUUAAUCCAUUAUUAAUUCAGUCGUGAUCGAUUGAUUUAUUUAACCGUUGUUGGUCUAGUGAGUUUUGAUUUUCCUAAA